CUAUUACUAAAUUUGAAGGUUCUUUUCUCGAUGUACCAGCGCAUGAAUUUCGACCCAACCGAAAUGUUGACCAGUUUUUGGGCCGGAGCAAUCAAAGAUGCAGUCAUAGGUGAUAGAUAAAAAGGGUAGACCUUUUCAAAUAGAUGUCUGAAGUGGAUGCUAUGUAUCACGACGACAUCGAUCACUAUACAUCAGAAAGAGUAGUUCUGAGACUUGUUAAGAAUAACCCGCUUCGUUGGCUGGACGAAAGUCGACACAUAUCUGGGUUGAUGGAAAUCUCCCCACCACGCUGUUCCAGUUCCAACCCUCAGGGGAUGUGGGAGUAUUCGCCCUUCCUACACGCCGUGAGCUUGGCAGAGAAUCUCGAAUUAAGCAACAUCCCAAUUGUGAUGUUAUGGGAUUCAAUACUGGUACAUAUCGCAUAGAUGAUAUCUUCCGUGAAAUCUGUGCGGGUCUCCCUUUGUUGAUAUUCAACUAUUCCUGGG